AUGGCCGAGGGACCCGCACAGAAGAAGCGCCAGCUGCCCUUCAAACCACCAAGUCGGGCAUCAAGCAGUGCAGGCCAAUCCUCCGCCGCCGCACCAAAAGUGAAAAGCAAAGCCAAACAAACCACCACCAAAUCAACGACAACCAAAUCAUCCUCUGCAGCCUCCACUUCCAAAUCCACAAACCGCAAAUCCUUAUCCUCCGCCAAACGCCAGCGCGUCGAAUCCCCACUCGCGUCAGAAACAGUCGACGGAUCAGACGAUGGCUCCGACGCAUCCAUCCACAGCCGCGAGCGCUCCCUCUCACAAGAACCGGACUAUAUUCUCGCGGAGAUCAUCACACACCAUGAAUCUGAGGACGUGACCUCGAGUGACCCCAAGAUCCCGGCAAAGCUGCUCACGCGCCUCCUGCAUCAUCAUUUCCAGAAUGACAAGACCAAAGUGGCCAAGGAUGCUAAUUCGGUGGUCGCAAAGUACGUGGAUGUCUUUGUGAGGGAAGCUAUUGCGCGUGCGGCAUUUGAGAGGGCGGAGGCAGAUAGUGCGGGUGGUGGGAGGGGCGCUAAUGAUGGGUUUUUGGAGGUGGAAGAUCUUGAGAAGAUGGCGCCGCAGCUUACGAUGGAUUUCUAG